CGUGGAGCCAUAAAAAAUAAUAAAUAAUAAAUAUUUAAAAAAAAAUCAUUUAUAAAAAUUUGUAGAUCUUCUUGUAUUAAAUAAUUCAAAAUGUUCAAAAAGUGUCUAGUGUUCAUUGCGAUGUUCGGAGUGGCCCUGUGCCAGGAGAACUUCGACUGCCCGGACGACUACGGUUUCUACCCGCACAGGUCGUCCUGCGACCGUUACUGGAAGUGCGACGCCGGAAGGGCGGAACUCAAGACCUGCGGAAACGGUUUGGCGUUCGACGCAUCCGACAGCAAAUUCUUGACAGAAAACUGCGAUUACUUGCACAACGUUGAUUGCGGAGACAGGAACGAAUUGGAACCCCCAAUCAGCACCCCCCACUGCGCCCGUUUGUACGGUAUCUUCGCCGAUGAGCAGAAAUGCGACGUCUUCUGGAACUGCUGGAACGGCGAGGCCUCCAGGUACCAAUGUUCCCCCGGAUUAGCCUACGACAGAGAAGCCCGCGUGUGCAUGUGGGCCGACCAAGUGCCAGAAUGCAAGGUCGAAGAGGUAGCAAACGGUUUCAGCUGUCCCUCAACUGAUGUAUCCCCAGCCGUCGGAUCAUUCUCAAGACAUGCCCACCCCGAAGAUUGCCGCAAAUACUACAUCUGCCUCGAAGGAGUCGCCCGUGAAUACGGAUGCCCCAUUGGAACCGUCUUCAAGAUCGGAGACACCGAAGGAAACGGAAACUGCGAAGACCCCGAAGAUGUUCCCGGAUGUGAGGACUACUACGGAGACCUCGACCUGAAGAGCAUCCGCAAAAGUGAAUUGUUAGCCGGUCUCCACAACUCCGGAACCACGAAGCAAAAAGCAAGGCCACAAAACAACAAACAAGAAUCUUAAACGAUUUACAAUAUAAAAUAAGAGUAUCUGUAGCUAGUUCCAUUUAGACUUAAAAUUUAAAUUUAAAAAA